AAGGCUAAUUAUAUGGUACACGUAUGAAUCUUUCUCUUUUUUUUUUCAGAUCCACCCUGGAAUUUCGAUUUAAAUUGAAUUUUAGGUAUACCAUUUGGUUACCUUGCUAUAUUCGACACACAUUUCUCAAGUUAAGUUUACGAACUUAGAGAAGAGUUAUCCACACUCAUCGGGAAUCGACGUGUUUAGAACCAUUAGUCAGAUCUGCGAGGGCGAGUUCAGCAUCACUACCGUAGCUCCACGUAUUGAUUUUGCUGUUGGCAAACUUGAGCUGAGGAACAGUUGCACUAGACCAGGUCCAUCCAUCCAUUCCUUUCUCUUCCUCAUCGUAAACAAUUUCUCAAGAUGGUUUUGAUGACAAUGAUAGCCCGUGUUGCUGACGGGCUGCCCUUAGCAGCUUCGAUGCAGGAGGAUGAACAAGCAGGCCGGAGUUUGCAAGAGUACCAAACCCAAGCCAAGAUGCUUUUCAGAAAUCUCAAGCUUAACGAGUCAUCCCCAACAAGGUUUACCAUUGAAUCAGGACCCAUGUUCUUCCACUAUUUGAUCCAGACUGGGAUCUGCUACUUGACUCUCUGUGAGAAAUCGUUCUCCAAGAAACUUGCCUUCAACUAUUUAGAAGAACUUCAUCAGGAGUUUUAUUCACAGUACGGCAAGAGAGUGGCCACAAUUACCAGACCUUACUCAUUCAUUGAAUUUGACACGUUUAUACAGAAGACAAAGAAGUCGUACACAGAUACACGGACUAGACGGAACCUUGCAAAUAUCAACACAGAACUACAAGAUGUACAGAAGAUCAUGGUACAGAAUAUUGAUGAUGUCAUGAAGAGGGGCGUUGGUCUCGAAGAGCUGGACAACAAGGCUAGCAAUCUUUCUACAAUAUCCAAGAAAUACAGACAAGAUGCCAAAGCACUCAACCUCAGAUCAAGGAAUGCCAAAAUAGCUGCCAUCUUAGUCAUCAUAUUCCUUGUUUCCCUUGCACUAUACUUCUGGUGGUGAUUUUGAUUACAUGUAUGGACAAUAAUCUUCUUUAAACUCACUGUAAAUUGGAACAUUCCUGUAAAUAGUAUAAAUAAAUUAUAUUAAUAUCCUUGCUAUACUCCUAAUUUACCUGUAGAUUAAGAAUUGUCAAGAAUGGAACGUGAUCUUUUCUUAAACAAUUUUCAGUUUCACGAAGUAGCCUUUUUUUUCUUCUAAAUUUAAUGUGAGAACUAAAGUUCUGCAUUUGUGUGUUUAUUAUUAUUAUUGACUGGAAUGGUGGCUUCGUGUUGAGUGCUUGCCUUAUGAAGAAGAUGAUGUGGGUUCAAUCGCCAGCCGAGUCAUCUAGAUGGUGAUCAGUAGUUAGAAUGGAGAAAGGAAGAUGGUCAAUGAAACAUUUAUUUUUAUUAACUACUUUAGCCCAUUUCAAUGUAUAUCAUACACCUUACAGUAUGCAUUGUCUUGACUUAUUUUAUAUUUUACAAAGUAUCAAUUUUUGUCCUUAACUUUAACAGUAAAGUUGCAUGGUAUAAGAUUUAUGCAUGAAAAUUUAUAAAUACAAACAUUUCAUAUCUUUAAAUAUAGCCCUGAUACAUGUAACAGUGAAGGGUAUACAUGUACAUGUAAUGAGAAAAAAGGGUAUCAGGUUUUUAAAUUGAAUAAUUUCAUUAUAAUCUUGCAAGCAAAAGGUCAACUUUGUGAAAAUGUUAACCUGUAUUAAUGAGAUGAUGUUUAUUAUAAAGGUGGUAAGUAUGGGUUGGAUAAUAACAUGUAGUAUGCAUGUAAAAAUGGCAUAUAAAACCAUGUAUUCAAAUCAAUUCAAUAAAAUUUAUUAUAGAUUCUUUUGGUUAUAAUACUAUUCUUGAUUAGAUUUGAUUUUAACUGGAACACAUUUCAGUAACAAAAGUAUACAAGUGUAAUAGUUUAUUAACUUAACAUAUUGUAUCACAAGAGAUAUGGGCAACAUCUUACCAAGAGUUUUUUUAUUGAUCCAAUCAACCUCAGUCAGCUAUAUGGAAAUCCAUCAAUGUCAUAUUUCUACAACAAGAAAGUUGCACGAUGUCCUAUGUAAAUACUGGUAAAGAGAAGCACACUGAAUUUUCAAGAAAACAAUGAAUGCAUAAAUCUACAUCAUAUCUGGAAAAUAUUUUGAACAAACAUGCAUUUUAGAGGUUGAUGUUGCUGGCUUUCCAUAUUUGUGGUCGAUCGGAUCAGUCGCAACUCUUUGUAAGACGGGGCCAUGGUCUUCAUAGGUAGGUCAAUAUCAAUGCAAAAUCAAAUGCUGUUUGUUUUUACUGAAUUAUGUGCAAGGGCAAAGCAAGUUAAAGGGGAAUGAAACCUUUGGACCAAAUAGGCUUGUGUAGAAACAGAAAAAUCAAAGAAUAAGAAUAAAGAA